AUGGCCUCCCCGUUCCCAAAUACUUACCACCUCCGUCGCGUAGCCGACACCUCAGCCAAAUCAUGCUACAUCUGCUACAAACCCUCUACUUCGGUCCUAAUUACUCCUGACAACAAGGAUUUUUUCUACAUCUGCCCCUCCCACCUGACCGACCGAAACUUUUGCUCCCCUAUCAUUGAUGCCGCAGAGGCUGAAGCGAAAGCAAAACGUGAUGCUAUGGCCAGGGAGAUUGAGAAGGUGAAGAAGGAGUACGAAGAGAGACAGGCGAGGAAAGCCAAGAAGAACGGGGACAAGGAGAAGGAGAAGGAGAAGGAGAAGGAGAAGGAGAAGGAGAAGGAUAAAGAGAAGGACAAGAGCUCUAAAGAUAAGGAUGGCGAGGACAAGGACGAUCAGGCCGCAGAGAAGGAACGCGACAAUAAGAUUGAUGCGCUCAAGAAGUCCGCGAAUACGACAGGCUCGACAAUGGGGAGCACGGAUGAUUCACCGCGGGUCUUCGCGCUGCAUAAGUACGACUUUCUCUGGAACUUCUAUCAGAUGCGCAUUGACAGGGUGCGCAAUGCGGAAGUCGCAAGGCGCAACCGGCAACGACUGCAGGAUCCCUCGUUCUUCCCAUCUGUCCCGUCCGGUGGUCUCUGA